UAGCACUAAGUGAUAUCUCACUCUGAUAUUCACAUUCAAGUUAGCCUUAGCAAAAUCAUCAACAAAAGAAGGAAAAAAAUGAGCAGCUUAUCAUUAUCAACGUCUCUUUGUCACUGUAACUAUAUAAAUUGUCAAGAUUUAAAGCCUCGCUUAAUCUCUGCAUCAUUCUUGAGAAACCAGGGUUGGAUUAGUUCGCAUCAGCUUCCAUCCAAAAGAUUCAGCCUGCAUUCAACCGGUAGUUCAAAUGGGCCGUCGGAUACAAAGAUAGCACUCAAGGAGGAGGAGUCUUCUUCUUCUUCUUCUUCUUCCCAAGAAGAAGAGAGAGUAGUGCAAGAAUUCAAUGGAAAAGAAGUAGCCCAGUUGCCAGAAAAGGAAGGGGAAAGAAACAGUUCAAGCACUGGUGCUCCUCUACUCGAUAAGGACCUUAAAAAGGUUGUCCAAAAGACUGCAGCAACUUUUGCACCUAGGGCUUCUGUUGCUACCAAAAAUCCUGCUGUACCUGGAACCAUUCUAUAUACUGUUUUUGAGGUGCAAGGUUAUGUCUCAAUGUUGCUAGGAGGAGCUCUGUCUUUUAAUCUGAUAUUCCCCUCUAAUGAGCCAGACAUAUGGAGACUAAUGGGGAUGUGGUCCAUCUGGAUGUUCACUAUUCCUUCCCUCCGGGCACGAGACUGCUCAAAAAAUGAGAAAGAAGCCCUCAAUUAUCUCUUUCUGCUAAUCCCGCUCUUGAAUGUUUUAAUCCCAUUCUUCUGGAAAUCAUUUGCAGUUGUUUGGUCUGCCGAUACCAUAGCCUUCUUUGGGAUGUAUGCAUGGAAGAUGGGGUUGCUUCAAAAAGCAGAGAUGGAGUAACAUGAAGUGGCUUCUUUGGUUUUGAUUGGUUAGCUCGUUGCCUAGAUGUAUCUCAAGUAUUACAGCUAAUGGUUCAGACCAGUUCAGAUAUCAUAAGCCUUAAUGAUAGCAAAUGAAGGAACCACUUUAUAUUUUAUAAAGUGUAUCUACAAGUUUUGCAUUAUUUGGACAAAAUGAAGUUGACUGCUACCUUAACUCCUUAAGAAGGCUACAUUGUAAAACAAGUGUGGUUGGUGUACAGAUAUUUUAGUUGUGUAUCAUAUGUCUUUAUUUUUAGUUGAACAUAAUAACUUUCUGACUUUCUCUCAGGAUGGUGACUGAUACAAAUGGUUCUAGAGAUGUAAAGCGGCUAUUUAAUUUUCUAAAUGAAUUUUUUAUUAA